AUGAACUCGAGCUUGCACACCAAGGAGGUCACCACCGCCAAAGUGCGGUCGGUAGGCUUCGGUUUCUUCAGUGACGAUGAGAUAAGAAAGGUCAGCGUGAAGAAGAUCAUCUCGCCCAUCAUAUUCGACAACAGCAAGACACCUGUGGAGGGUGGCCUGUAUGACACUGCCCUGGGUCCCUUGGACCCUCGAGAGAGGUGCACAACAUGCGGCUUGACCGCGGAUUGCCCGGGCCACUUUGGUCAUGUAGAACUGGCGGUGCCAGUGUACAACCCCCUUGUCUUUGGGACCCUGUACAAGCUGCUGAGGUGCGCCUGCCUGCACUGCUUUAAGAUGCGGAUGGCCAGCAAGGAGGUGCAGCGAUAUGUUGCUCGUCUCAGCCUCCUGCUGGAGGGCCGGUUGGCCGAGGCCCAGGGCAUCAACGUGGGCGCGUCCAGCUCAGCGAGGAAGGCAGCUGGAAAGGAGGGCAUGGAGCUGGACGAAGGGUCCGGAGGGGAGGGCUCCCCAACCUCCGUCGUUAAGGGCCCGCUGCCCAGCCGCCGCACGGUGGCAAUGACUGGGCAGAGUCUGGAGGCGGCUAUCGACACCAUGUCCGAGAUCUUCAAGAAGCAGCCCCCAGGACGAUGUGCCAACUGCGGCGCCCACAGCCCCAGCAUCAAGAAGGAGGGCUACAGCAAGCUGUUCCUGCUCCCCCUGACGACCAAGAAGGCGGCGGCCAACAAGAUGCAGGGCACGGAGAUCCUGCCCUCCCUGAGCCGGCUGCAGGCCGGGAAUCUGACGCUGGACGAGGCGGCCGGGCUCGGCAGCCAGGGUUGUGAGGAGGAGGCCAAGGUGCGGUACGGAUUCCUGAAGGAGGAGAAGGAGGGCCUGAGCGACGAGGAGGUCAUGGCCGAGUUCAAGGAGUCCAAGCACGGCGACGAGGGCGGCGUGUUUGCCGCUGAACUGCCCCGCGCUGAGGUCCCCCGUCAGCUCAAGGGGGUCCCAGCCUCUGAAAAGGAGAAUGCCUCCAACGUCAGCGUCGGCCCGCCCAAAUUCCUGACGGCGGCGGAGGUCCAGGAGAUCCUCCGUUGUGUAUGGGUGGCCAAUGCCGACAUUAUGCAGCUCAUCUACCCAGCAGACGUGGCUCAGCGGAAGAGGCGUCAGGGGGCCUCAGAGGCUCAGGCUGCUGCGGCUGGCAAGGCUGCUGCACAGGCUGGCAACUACCGCGAGUUCUUCAUCCAGACGGUGGCCGUGACACCCAACAGGUUCAGACCCAUCAGCCAUGUUGGAGAGAUGGUGUACGAGCACCCCCAGAACACGAUGCUGGUCAAGGUUCUGAAUGCCAACCUGGAGAUCCAGCGCCUUGCCGCCGAGACGGACCAGGAUGGGGAGCCCCUGGACAUCACCGACGGCCGCAUGCUGCGCACCUGGCUGGAGAUGCAGAACUCGGUCAACGCCUUCAUCGACUCCACCACCGCCGAGAACGAGCCAAACGCGAUCGUACGUGGCAUCCGCCAGCAGCUGGAGAAGAAGGAGGGCCUGUUCCGCAAGAACAUGAUGGGCAAGCGCGUCAACUUUGCAGCGCGCUCCGUCAUCUCCCCAGAUGUUUAUCUGAACGGUGGGGAGAUCGGGGUGCCCCCCUACAUCGCAGCCCGCCUGACCUUCCCCGAGCGCGUCACGCCCUGGAAUGUGGAGCGACUGUGCGAGGCUGUGAUGGCGGGCCCCGGGCGCAACCCGGGCGCGGUGGCGGUGGAGAACGAGAAGGGCCGCCUGCUCAUGCUGCGAGACGACGCCAAGGUGGUCUACCGCUCCAUGGAGGACGGCGACGUGCUGCUGACUAACCGUCAGCCAACCCUGCACAAGCCUGGCAUGAUGGCGCACCGGGCACGCAUCAUGAGGGACGAGCGCACAAUCCGCUUCCACUACGCCAACUGCGCGACCUUCAACGCCGACUUUGACGGCGACGAGAUCAACCUGCACCUGCCCCAGGACCAGCUGGGUCGGGCGGAAGGGUAUGGCAUCGUCUCCGCCGACCACCAGUUCUUCGUGCCCACCGAUGGCAAGCCUCUGCGCGGCCUCAUCCAGGACCACAUCGUGGCCGGCACGCUGCUCACGCUGCGCGACCGUUUCUUCACCGCCGCGCAGUACCACCAGCUGGUGUACGAGGCGGUGUGCACCGACUGCAGCGGGGCCUGGGAGGUGUGGCUGGACGAGCCCGCCCUGGUGAAGCCGGUGCGGCGCUGGACGGGGAAGCAGGUGCUGACCGCGGUGCUCAUGCACUACACGCGCGACCAGCUGCCCUUCUCCAUGAGCACCGCCUCGCGCGUCCCGGUGGAGGCGUGGGGCAAGAACUCGGGCGAAGGCAAGCUGCUCAUCCAGCACAACCACGUGCUGGCGGGGUGCGUGGACAAGAACUGCUUUGGAAAGCACGGCCUCCUCCACUUCUUCCACGAGCUGUACGGCGCCGAGCGCACCUCGCUGCUCACGGCCUCCCUGUCGCGCCUGCUGACCGGCUUCCUCCAGAAGCACGGCUUCACGUGCGGCAUGUCGGACGUGCUGCUGGUGCAGGACGCUGAGGAGGAAAGGAAGAAAUUGCUGACGAGCGCUGACGUGCGGUGUCUGGAUGCCGCCGCCAGCCUGUUUGGGCCCUCCCGGGCAGGACCCCUGGCCGAGCAGGGCAUGUCCUAUGAGGAGGCCUUCCGCAGCGCGGAGCCAGAUGUGAGGGAGCAGCUGCGCGACAGGUUCCGCUCCAACCAGGAGACUGGUGCCCUGCUGGACAUGAAGUCCUCCAGCGCGAUGCACCCGCUAUCCAGCGACGUGGUCCGGGCGUGCCUGCCCGGCGGCCAGGAAAAGGCCUUCCGGCACAACAUGAUGGCGCUGAUGACGGUGACAGGGGCCAAAGGCUCCCUGGUCAACUUCUCCCAGAUCUCCUGCCUGCUGGGCCAGCAGGAACUGGAGGGGCGGCGAGUGCCACGCAUGGCCUCGGGCAAGACGCUGCCCUGCUUCGCGCCAUUUGACGUCGGCGCGCGCUCCGGCGGCUACGUGGGCGACCGCUUCCUGUCGGGUCUGCGCCCGCAGGAGUACUACUUCCACUGCAUGGCAGGGCGGGAGGGGCUGGUGGACACCACGGUGAAGACCUCCCGCUCGGGCUACAUCCAGCGCUGCCUGGUGAAGAACCUGGAGCCGCUGCGUGUGGCCUACGACUCCACCGUCCGCGACGACACCGACUCCUCCAUCGUCCAGUUCCACUACGGCGAGGACGGCAUCGACACCACGCGGACGGGGUGCCUGCGCACGCUGCCCUUCUUCUACGGCAACAUGCCGCAGCUGGGCAAGAUCCUGGGCGCCGCCACGGCCCUGAGCGGGCCGGGGCUGGUGGGCAACCCCUCCAAGGAGCAAGGAGAGGCGACGGGCGUGGUCAGGUCGUGGAGCAAGGCGUUGCUGGCGGGCAAGUCCAAGACGAUGGCAAAGUGCCUGCCUGCGGACUCGGUGGUCUCCCACGACACCCUGGGCGUCACCUCCGAGGGGUUCCAGGGGGCCCUUGCCGAGGCCAUGUACGGCGGCGGCCUGCGUCCGCCCGUCGGCCCUGAGCCCCUGGGCAAGGACUACAAGCGCGCGGGGAAGAAGGAGGCGCGCUGCCUGUCCAAGAACAAGCCAUGGAGCUUCACGCCCCUGGACCCCAUGGACUUCACGCGGCUGAUGCAGCUGCGCUUCCAGCAGUGCCAGGCCGCCCCCGGCGAGGCGGUGGGUGUGCUGGCCGCGCAGUCGGUGGGCGAGCCCUCCACCCAGAUGACGCUCAACACUUUCCACAUGGCGGGGCGGGGCGAGGCCAAUGUGACCCUGGGCAUCCCGCGCCUGCGCGAGAUCCUGAUGACCGCCUCGCCCACCCUGGCCACGCCGGUGGAGGAGGACGCGCUGGCGCGCAGCAGCGCGGUGGACGGCGGGCGCGCGCGCGUGGCGCGCGUGACGCUGCGCUUCCACCCCCCCCACGCCUACCCGCCCGAGCUGGGCCUGGGCUUCGAGGAGCUGGCCGCCGCCUUCCGCGACGUCUUCGUCCCGCGCUUCCAGGCCGCGGUCAAGGCGGAGAUCCGCCGCGCCAGCACGGGCAACGCGCUGGGGCCCGUAGCCGAGGCCGAGGAGCCGGAGAGCGAAGAGGACGAGGAGGGGAAGACGCGGUUCGGCGCGGGGCGCGGCGAGCACGCCACCUACGACGCCGGGGACGAGGACGACGCGGCCCUGGCCGCGCAGGCGCAGCGCCAGGCCGCUGAGCGCGAGGGCCUGGCGGAGGAGGAGGAGGGAGGGGAGGAGACGGGGCCGGGUGCGGAUGAAGAAUCGCGGGGCGCCACUGCCUCGGCGGAUGCAGAGGCGGAGGAGGGCUGGGCGGCCGCCCCCAGCCCCGCCGUUCCGCGCUCCGCCGCAUCCGCAUCAGGCGCCGCCCGCCGCACCUCCGCCUCCGCCUCGUCGCGCGUCGAGCUGGAGGGCGGGGUGUGGGUGGAUGCGGCGACCUCCUCCUGCGGACUGGCCCUGCACCUGGCCCUGGACUGCCCCAAGCUGCUGCUGCAGGAGGUGGCGGAGCGCGUGGCUGCGGCCGCCGUCCUGCGCGGCACGCCCGGCGUGUCACGCUGCUACGUGCUGGAGGCGGCGCGCGGCGCAGCCGCCUGCGUGCAGACCGACGGCAUCAACCUGCGGGCCGCCGCCGCCUCGGCCGACCUGGUGGACGUGGACGGCCUGGCCGCCAACUCGCCCUACGCCAUGCUGGAGACGUACGGCGUGGAGGCCGCGCGCGCCACCAUCGUGCGUGAGGCCGCCUCGGUCUUCGGCGCCUACGGCAUCGGCGUUGACCCGCGCCACCUGGCCCUCAUCGCCGACUACAUGACGCACCUGGGAGGGUACCGGGCCUGCAACCGGCUUGGCAUCUCCGCUAGCACCUCCCCCUUUCUGAAGGUCACGUUCGAGACGGCGGCCUCCUUCCUGGUCUCCUCCACCCUGCACGGCGACGUGGACCGCCUCACCUCCCCCGCCUCCCGCAUCGUGCUGGGCCAGCCCGUGGCCAUGGGCACGGGGGCCAUGGACCUGGUGCAGCACCUGGACGCGGCGCGCUGA